CACUGAUUUUUCAACGGGAGAGCAGCCACACUGUUCCGCAGGAUUUCAACCACAAACAAAACGCGCAAUUUCCUUUAGAUAUUGAUCAUUUCCUAUUUCCCUUGCUCCGCGAUGACGGAAGUGCCGCCGAAGAAGCGAAACGCUUGCGUCAUAGUGCUGGGCGACAUUGGGCGUAGCCCACGUAUGCAGUACCAUGCCCAGAGCCUGCUGGAGGAGAACUACCACGUGGACAUCAUCGGCUACCUGGAGACGAGGCCUCUGGAGGCACUUACUCAGCAGCCACGGUGCCGCAUCCACGAACUGACUGCAGUGCCAGUGACCAACCUCACGCCCAAGCUGCGGCUGCUCUUUAAGGCCUUUUGGCAGACGCUCAGUCUCUUGAUGGCCCUUAUCUCCAUACGGAGACCCAGCUUCCUGCUCGUCCAGAAUCCGCCCGGCAUUCCCACGCUGAUUGUGUGCUACCUGUACUGCGCCCUCACACGGACUAAGCUGGCCAUUGAUUGGCACAACUACACCUACACAGUGCUGGCCCUGGGCAUGUCUGGCGGAGAGAAAAGUCCACUGAUCCGAUUGGUGCGGCGUCUAGAGCGCUACUUUGGCUCCAAAGCGCACACUCACUUCUGUGUGACGCGGGCGAUGCAGGAGGACCUCCAGGAAAACUGGAAGAUUGGGCCCGUAAACGUUCUCUAUGAUCGAGCGCCCACGCAGUUCCACCCCAUUGAUCUGCCCCAGAAGCACGAGCUGUUUCUAAAGCUCGCCAAAGAUUAUCCGCAAUUCCAAAGCACGGGUAACAACCAGUCCGAUGUGGUGGAGGCCACAGCACUUACCCAAAAGAUGGCCAAUGGUGGCGUGCAGUACAAGCCUCAGCGCCAUGCUGUUUUAGUAUCCAGCACAAGCUGGACGCAGGACGAGGACUUUGGGAUCCUCUUGAAGGCCCUGCAAUCGUACGAAGAGACCGCGCAAGCCGAGCCAUUAGUGUAUCCCUCGCUGCUGUGCAUCAUUACAGGGAAGGGGCCGCAAAAAGAGCAUUAUGCUGCGGAGAUCGCCCGGUUGCAGUGGAAAAAGGUUUCUGUGAUCACGCCAUGGCUGGAGAUCGAAGAUUAUCCCACUGUGCUGGCCAGCGCCGAUCUCGGAGUGUGCCUUCACUGGAGCACCAGUGGCCUUGAUCUACCCAUGAAGGUGGUGGACAUGUUCGGCAGCGGCCUGCCCGUAUGCGCCUAUGAUUUCAAAUGCUUGAACGAGCUGGUGAAGCACGGCGAGAAUGGCUUCGUGUUUGCAGACCACAUUCAGCUGGCCGAACAGCUACGCAUUUGGUUCGAACACUUCCCGAAAAACCCAAGCAUUUUGGAGACGAGAGCUGGCUUCCAGCGCAGCCUGCAACAGUUCCAGCAGCUGCGAUGGCGGGAGAGUUGGAGUCUGAUUGCGGCACCCGUACUGGAGGCACUUCUCUAAGGCAUUUUGUGUUGUUUAUUUAGAAAAAAAGAGUAUGACAAUUAAACGCUAAGACAGA